AUGUAAAGAUCAAAAGUAAACAUUUUGAAUGAGCUUAAUACUUUUAAAUAAAGUUAUUUGAUUCAUCUUUACAAAAUUAAGGAAUAACUAAAGAACAAAAUAAAGAAAAAAUUAAGUUAAUAACUAAAUAAUUUGUAAGUAGAAUUUAGCAGAAAUAAUUCUUGGUGGAAAAACAUAAGAUUCAUUUAACAAUAAGAUUAUUGUUUAAACAAAAUAUCUUUAAAGAAAUUUUAUAAUUCAAAUAAAAAUUCAGAAAUCAACUUAGAAAUAUCUCUCAAAAAAACUUAAUUAUUAAAUUAAAAAAAAAUGUAAAAAUCAAAAAGUAAAAUAAAUUUGAAUUGGUUUAAAAUUGUUGAAUAAAAAUUAAUCAGUUUUUCUAUUUUAAUUAAUUUAGAAAAAACAGAGAAAAAAUAUAGAAAAAUUUAUUUUCGAAAAAGAAAGCAGAUUAAAAUUUCGUUUAUUUUACUUUUCCUUUUGUAUUUUUAUCCAGAAUUUUAUGUACAUGUAAAUAAUUAAUUUUUUAAAGAAAAGCAACUAAAUAAAAUAAAUUAAAAAAUAUUAUAAAAUGAACUCUUCAAAUACAAACUAACUAAAUUACAAAAAAACAAACCAAAGAAUCUAAAGAGUUAAUAAUAUGCUAUUUUGAGAAUACCUCAAGAGGUUAGACUGUUAGAUAUAUCUUAGAUCUUGUAGGUUAUCCCUAUAUUCAAGAUCAGUACACUUCUUCAUCUACUAAAUGAGGGGGGGGGGGGGGGGAGUCAGAGCUUGGAUUAGAUUUCCCAAAUCUUCCUUACUUGA